UGCAAUUUAAAGUUCCACUUCAAUGUAUUGAGUUAUCCCUCAAAAGUCAUUCAGAUAGUAUGCUAGAUAACAUCUACAUCAAAAUGAACAUAUUUUAGUGUGAUUUAAUUGUAUUACGCACCCAAAAAUCGCAUCCCGCUCGGCGUGAACGCACCAUUAAUUUGCCCGCUGCCCGGCUUACCAUAAACGACUCAUUUAUAUCCCACGUUACGUAAAGGCAACAACAACGCGCGGAAAAAGCGAACAUGACAGAAGUGGUGUCUGACGAGGAGCGGCAGGCUGUGAAUCCUCCACCCAAACGCAGACGCAUCCUUGACCCUUCAGCCAUCAUCUCUGUCCCUGUUUACUCGAACCAGGUAAGCAAAGGUUUGCAUCUGAAGCCAACACAAGCCAUGUUCACUGAAAAGGAAACCCCAGACAACAGGGCAGACGACAGUUUGUGGUUUGUAAUUUCCUCUAAAGAAAGGACAAACACCAUCAGCAUCUGCAGCGACUCCGAGGAGGACGAAACAGAAGUGCUGCCGGAGAAAACAGCUCCAGCCAUUGUUUGCUGCCCGUCUCCUCCAACGAGUCCGCAGCCGUUUCAGUCCAGACACACCAAGAAAAUGAUCAACAAGGUCGACAGAAAGCUGCGGGCAGCCAAAACCUUCCAUGAACCUGAGGACAAAAGACGGCAUUACAUCGAGGAUGACGAUGACGAUGUCACCUGCACACACUCUAGUUCUGGCCCUCUGAAUUCUCCGUACAGCUUGUCGUUGCGGGAGAUCCCGCUCAAGAUCCGCUGCAUGACAGACGUACACAAGAUCCCCGUGCUGUUGUCGACGCCUUUAAAUGAGGUGCUAGGUCGGCUGUCCGUCAUCCUAAAUGUCCCUCUCACUCGCCUCAUGCUACUGAAACAGGACGAGACGCUCCCAGAAAACGCCACCAUCGGCGAACUCGGCCUCAGCAUCGCUGACAUCAUUGAGUGUGUGGUGAUGUCAGCGGAAGACAGCAGUGCCACAGGCAGCAGCAGCAGCAGCAGCAGCAGCAGCAGCAGCAGCAUCACUCUGAGGCUGCAGAGCAAAGACAGAGACUCCUCUCAGGAGUUCUCUCUGCAAAGAGAUGCUCCACUGGGCUCCAUCUUCUCCCAGUACCUAUCCAAGAUGCCCGCCCUCUCCAAGACGAAGGUGCGCUUCCACUUUGACGGCAGCAAAGUGAUGGGCAGGCAGACGCCAGCACAGCUUGACAUGGAGGACGGUGACUUCAUCGAAGUUUGGACCUAGAUGAAUACAUUCGCAAUAACUAUAGCAUGCUGCAGUGCAGUGACCCUGCAAUUAGUUUUACGUUUAAUUUGAGCACUUCCUGUUCAUCUCGUUCAACUUUUUUUAAUGUGAUUUUGAUAACAAGCACAAAAUCCGUUCUGUACCAGGGAGAUGCUAAUGUCAGGGUCGGUCUACAAAGAUAAUUCUACCCUGCACCAAUAUGUUAUAAUUUGUAUUCAAUGUAAAGCCACUGGUUUGGAAGUUCAGUUAUAGUACGUUAUCUGUAAAAGUCACUUUAUUUGUAGAUGUUAUAUAAGUUAUAUGUAAAAAAUGUUUGGGAAACUGAUGUUCAUAAAUAAGCCCCAAUGUUGUUCUGAUAA